AUGUGCUCGCAGCAGGUCGAGCUGGGCUUCGUGGAAGAAGCGGCACCUUGGCGGCUGCGCAGUGACCAGUUCCCUUGCAAGGCCGGGGGCAGGCCGGCUUGGCUGGGCGAGGCCGGCUUGCCGGGGCCCUCUGAGCUGCGGUGCGGCGUGUGCGGGCAGCCGUGCGCGUUCCUCUUGCAGCUCUACGCGCCGGUGCAAGAGCGGCCCGAGGCCUUCCACAGGACCCUCUUCCUCUUCGGCUGCCGCCAGCCUUCUUGCUACCGCCCCGCCGGCCCAGCCCCGGGCAGCCUGAGAGUUUUUAGGAACCAACUUCCAAGAAAGAAUAAUACUUACUCUUAUAAUCCACCGCCUGAAGAACCACCUUUGGAAGAAUUACCUUCUGUGAAUCUGCAGCUAAAAUGUGGAGCUAUGCUUUGCAGAGUCUGUGGUUGCUUGGGACCCAGCACAUGUUCCAAAUGUCAUAAGGCUCAUUAUUGUAGCAAAGACCAUCAGAUCAAAGAUUGGAAAGCAGGACAUAACGUAUCAUGCUUGCAGCCUGAAGAUGUAAUUCCGGAUCAUAAAUUUCUGUUCCCCGAGUAUGAAAUUGUAAGAGAACAUGAGGAGUUGGAUUCUGCUGCUGUCAGUGACACAGAGCAGGAAGAUUUAGACAAAAUUGAGGAUACAACAACAGGUAAUCUAGAUGAAGCUUCUGAAUUAUUAGACGAGAUGUCCUUGGAGAUGAUGGCAAAACAUGAAACUCAGGAAGAUAGAAUUUUUCAAAUAUUCAAAGAAAGGAUAUCUUUGGAACCAGAACAGGUGAUCAGAUACUGCAGAAAUGGAGAUGGGCCCAUCUGGAUUUCAGGGUUAAAUAUUCCUCGAGACACAGAUAUUCCUAACUGUCAGUGUGGUAGUAAAAGAGUAUUUGAAUUCCAGGUGAUGCCGCAACUUCUAGCUCACUUAAAUGUCGACAGUCUUGGAGAAAGUAUUGACUGGGGAACACUGGCUAUCUACACAUGUGCUGUGAAUUGUGAUCUAGGAAACCACUAUGUUGAAGAGUUCAUCUGGAAGCAGGACAUUUCCAAUUCUGUUUAAUGUCUGCAAAGCUUAAGCAGUGAGAUAAGUUUCUUCCGUUAUCAUAAAUUUUUCUCACCUUUUUUAAUAUUCAACUGAUAACAAUGAUCGCCAUUGCUUCAACUUCCACAUCAGUUAUAGAAUAAGAAUAUAAAAUCAAUCUGAGACCAGAGAGGUGAUUAUUUUGCUAGAACUUUGAAAUGAAAAAAAAUCAAAUCAUGAUAGACAUGAUACAUUCACUAUAGUAAAGAAUCAAGUGAUAAAUUGUUUCCACUGUUUAUUUUCCUCCACCCAUUCCUGAAACCUUUCCCAUUGCCACCCUUGGUAAAGGAUCUUAAGAGCCUGUCUGAAUAUGCUUUAGGUGAAUUUGCUCUUGUGUUACCAUUGGUUGCUUUAUGGGAGAGAUCCUCGUCACUUAUUCUUCAUUGUGCUUAUUUUGGUUAUAGUCUGGUUCAAAGGACUAACUACUUUGAAAUAUAAUUUAACAAACCAGGAAAGUUUUGGCAAAACCAGGUGUGGAAUGGAAUUAGAAACACGGAAUGUAUAGUUUAUUCCGUUAUAUAACUAUGGAACUAUAGUGGGAUCAUCCCAUCCAGGCACCGAUUCUUUAGUUUCUUUGAUGAGAAAUUGAAAUAAAAGAUUAGCAUCCUUGAAACACAGUUUAGUAAAAAGGCAAAUGAAGCACAUUUUUAAAAAAUACUCUUCAGUAUGUUGGCUGGAAUAUGCCAUUCAUAUUUGAGAAGACGUUCACUCAUUCAAGAAUCUAGAAUUUUCACAUUCAUCCUGUUGGAAAAGAUUGUUUUCAUUAAGAAAUUAGUUGACAAUUCACAAAAUGAAUAAUGGCUAUUUGUCAUUGCAGUGGAAAUAAACCAGUGGAAUGAGUCUUGAAGUACAAAUAGAUAGGAAACUUUAAUUUUGAGUUCUAAGUUUCAAUGAUGAUUUACAAUGUAUUUCAAUAAAAAUGGAAAAUAAGCUAUG